AUGUCCAGCCAGGAGAACAUACACGCCCAAGAGCUUUGCUCAAGGAUCUCUAAGUCCCAAAGGGACUUAGCAAAGUCCAUCCUGAUCGGGGCUCCAGGAGGGCCAGCGGGGUACCUGCGGCGGGCCAGCGUGGCCCAGCUGACCCAGGAGCUGGGCACGGCCUUCUUCCAGCGGCAGCAGCUGUCGGCCGCGAUGGCAGACACCUUUCUCGAGCACCUUUGCCUGCUGGACAUUGACUCAGAGCCCGUGACGGCCCGCAGCACAAGCAUCAUUGCCACCAUCGGGCCGGCCUCGCACUCGGUGGAGCGCCUCAAGGAAAUGAUCAAGGCCGGGAUGAACAUCGCGCGCCUCAACUUCUCGCACGGCUCCCACGAGUACCACGCUCAGUCCAUCGCCAACAUCCGGGAGGCGGUGGAGAGCUUUGCGACUUCUCCGCUUGGCUACCGGCCGGUGGCCAUCGCCCUGGACACCAAGGGACCGGAAAUACGCACCGGCGUCCUGCUGGGGGGCCCGGAGGCCGAGGUGGAGCUAGUGAAGGGCUCCCGGGUGCUGGUGACCGUGGACCCGGCGUUCCGGACGCGGGGGGACGCGAACAUCGUGUGGGUGGACUACCCCAAUAUUGUCAAAGUCGUGUCGGUGGGGGGCCGCAUCUACAUAGACGACGGGCUCAUCUCCCUCCAGGUCAAGAAAAUCGGUCCGGAUGGGCUGGAGACCCAGGUGGAGAGUGGAGGCCUCCUGGGCAGCCGGAAGGGUGUGAACUUGCCAGGUGCCGAGGUGGACUUGCCCGGGUUGUCCGAGCAGGAUGUUCUGGACCUCCGUUUUGGGGUGCAGCAUAACGUGGACAUCAUCUUUGCCUCCUUUGUGCGGAAAGCCAGUGACGUGGCUGCCAUCCGGGCUGCUCUGGGGCCCGAAGGACGCCACAUCAAGAUCAUUAGCAAAAUCGAGAACCACGAAGGCGUGAAGAAGUUUGAUGAAAUCCUGGAGAUGAGCGAUGGCAUCAUGGUGGCGCGGGGCGACCUGGGCAUCGAGAUCCCAGCCGAGAAGGUUUUCCUUGCCCAGAAGAUGAUGAUCGGGCGGUGCAACUUGGCGGGCAAGCCGGUCGUCUGCGCCACACAGAUGCUGGAGAGCAUGAUCACCAAGCCGCGGCCCACCCGGGCAGAGACGAGUGACGUGGCCAACGCUGUGCUGGACGGAGCGGACUGCAUCAUGCUGUCGGGGGAGACCGCCAAGGGCCUAUUCCCAGUGGAUGCAGUAAAAAUGCAGCAUGCGAUAGCUCGGGAGGCAGAGGCUGCUGUGUAUCACCGGCAGCUGUUUGAGGAGCUGCGCCGGGCCGCACCCCUGAGCCGCGAUCCCACUGAGGUCACCGCCAUAGGUGCCGUGGAGGCCGCCUUCAAGUGCUGUGCAGCUGCCAUCGUCGUGCUGACUACGACUGGCCGCUCAGCACAGCUGCUGUCCCGGUACCGACCUCGGGCAGUGGUCAUUGCUGUCACCCGCUCUGCCCAGGCCGCCCGGCAGGCCCACCUGUGCCGGGGGGUGUUUCCCUUGCUCUACAGCGACCCUCCGGAGGCCGUCUGGGCGGAUGACGUGGACCGCCGGGUGCAGUUUGGCAUCGGAAGCGGAAAGCUCCGCGGCUUCCUGCGCGUGGGGGACCUGGUGAUCGUGGUGACAGGCUGGCGACCUGGGUCUGGCUACACCAACAUCAUGCGAGUUCUGAGCGUACCCUGAGACGCC